AUGGGCUCCGUCGACAAGAGCCAGUCUUCCCAGGCCGCAAGCAAGACGGAGGACCCGGAGCAGCAGUUCGCUGCCGACGGGCACUUGGACAAUUCGACGGUCAAGAACAUCACCUGGAGCGGCGUGACGGUCACGGUCAAGGACAGGGAGACAAAGGUGGCCAAGAGGAUUGUGGACGAUGCGGCGGGUGCGGUGCAGGCGGGUGAAAUCUGCGCCCUCAUGGGCCCUUCGGGCUGCGGCAAGACGACGCUGCUCAACGUCCUCGCGCGCCGGCCCACCAACGCGAGCGACGUACAAGCCGAGGUGCUCAUCAACGGGAGCCAAGUGCCGCAGUCCGCCUUUCGCCAACUGACGUGCUUCGUCGAGCAAGAGGACGCCCUCACCGGCUCGCUGACGGUGCGGGAGACGCUCGACUUCGCCUCUCGCCUGGCCAGCACGCUGCCCCGGCAGCAACGCCUCGCCCGCAUCGACUCCCUCCUCUCCUCCCUGGGCCUCGCGGCGCAGGCCUCCACCAUCGUCGGCACGCCCAUCCGCAAGGGCAUCUCCGGCGGCCAGAAGCGCCGCGUCGGCGUCGCGAGCCAGCUCAUCACCAGCCCGCGCAUCCUGUUCCUCGACGAGCCCACCUCGGGCCUCGACUCGGCCGCCUCGUGGGAAGUCGUCAACUACCUGCGCGCCGUCGCCCGUCGCCACGCCCUCAUCGUCGUCUGCUCCAUCCACCAGCCCUCCACCGCCACCUUCAACCUCUUUGACAAGCUGAUGCUCCUGUCGGCCGGCAAGACGCACUUCUUCGGGCCCGUCGCCGCCGUCGUGCCGCACCUGCGCGGCCUGGGCGUCCACGUCCCCAGCUACACCAACCCAGCCGAGUUCCUCCUCGAGCUCGUCAACCUCGACUUCUCUCGCCACGACGACGACAACGCCGCCGCCGCCGCCGCCUCGGCCCGCCUCGACGCCCUGCACGCAAAGUGGCUCGAGUCGCCGCAGUCCCGCGAGACCAGCGCCCUCGUCGCCGACCUCUCCUCGACGGCCCACCCGCCGCUCAACCUGUCCGAGACGCAAAGGCCGUCGAUGCCGUCCCUCAUCCUCACCCUCCUGCACCGCUCGCUCGUCAAGUCGUACCGCGACGUCGUGGCCUACGGCAUCCGCAUCGCCAUGUACACGGGGCUCGCCGUCAUGAUGGGCACGGUCUGGGUGCGCCUCCCGCCCAGCCAGGAGUCCAUCCAGCCCCUGAUCAACGCCCUCUUCUUCGGCUCCGCCUUCAUGUCCUUCAUGGCCGUCGCCUACGUGCCCGCCUUCCUCGAGGACCGCCUCCAGUACGCCAAGGACCGGCACAACGGGCUCUACGGCCCCCUCGAGUUCAUCCUGUCCAACUUCCUCGUCGGCCUCCCCUACCUGUUCCUCAUCUCCGUCCUCUUCUCCGCCAUCUCGUACUGGCUGUCCAACUUCCGGCCUUCCGCCACCGCCUUCCUCACCUGGGUCAUGUGGCUCUUCCUCGACCUCGUCGCCGCCGAGUCGCUCGUCGUCUUCAUGUCCUCCCUCGUCCCCAGCUUCGUCGUGUCCCUCGCCCUCGUCGCCUUCGCCAACGGCCUCUGGAUGUCCGUCGGCGGCUUCAUGGUCCCGCCCACCAUCCUCAACGCCUUCUACAAGUACGUCUUCCACUACUGGGACUACCAGAAGUACGUCUUCGAGGGCAUGAUGGUCAACGAGUUCGGCGCCCGCGUCUACGCCUGCGGCCCCUCCUGUCGGUGCGCCUACGCCUCGCCGCUGGCCCAUCGCUGCGAGAUUGCCGGCCAGGCUGUCCUCGACCAGUACGGCUACGCCGCCGGCAACACGGGCCGCAACGUCGCCAUCAUCAUCUCCAUCAUUGCCGGCUACAGGAUUGCCGCCUGGCUCGUCUUGAAGCUGCGCAACUAG